AUGUCGUCAGAUACGGAGUCGUCGUCCAAGUCUCUUUGCUCGGAGCAAGAUACCCCCAUGGAUACAUUGGUAGCAUACGGCCCUAGUGAGGGGAUGCCAUCGCGGAAAAAGAGGAAACUGUAUAAGGAGCUGGUUCUACAUAUCCUACAGAACGCUCCAAAACUCCCCAGCAAGUCGGAGUUCGAACGCCAGUUCCCACAAUCACUAAGAUUCGAUAGAGAUGUCGUCAUGGCAUUCUGCAAUCGCCCAGAUUUCCCCGAACUUUACACCGAACGACACUUGUUCGUGCCGACAUGCCUGACGCAGGACAAAGAUAUAAUGUUGGCUUACUGUUCCAAGAUUCCCCGCUCACUUCAGGAAUGCUCAGAGGAAUUAUGUGAUGAUGAGGAUGCAGUUAUCGCAGCGAUUUCGUUGAAUGGACUCGAACUGCAAUACGCUUCCUUGCGCUUACAGCACACCAAGGAAAUCGCGUGUCUAGCGUGCCAAGUCAACGCACUUGCUUUGGGAAUUUUACCGCCUGGGCCGACCAGAGAUAGUAUUGUGUCAGAUCGAAACUUCAUGCUCAACCUUGUUCGAAAGAACCGCGGAGGUCGUAUGAUGCAAUUUGUACCAGAACCUCUAAAUCGUGAUUGCGAACUGAUAAUGGAAGCUUUACAAAAUGGGAUGAAGCUGCGCUCUUGUCCGAUGGACUUCCAAAGUGACAAAGCUUUCUUGCUGAAAGCGUUCACCAAGAAUUCCUUGCUGUAUUUGGAGCUGAAUUCUAAGCUUUGGACCGACCUCGACUUGGCCUUUGCAGCCGUCGUAUCACUCAAUUCUAGACCACUGGUCCUUGCUAAAGCUUUGGAGCGCGUACCUUCUCUGCUCUUGGAGCGGGAUAUCGUCGUCACUGUGGUGGACAGAGGUGAUGAGGAGUUAAUAAGGAAUUAUUUUUCAAAACCAGAUUUUGCCGCAUGGCUAAAUGAUAAGGACCUCAUGCUCCGAGCAGUCAAGCAGCAUCCAAUGCUCUACGACGUCGUCACUGAGCCCCUGCAGUACGAUGAAGAUAUUAUAGUUGCGGCGAUCACUCCAGGAACAGCAUUGACUCUAAUCGAAAAAAUGAGUGCGGAGUUUCUUAAACAGCAUGUCUCGAUACCCGUGAAGGCAUUGGAAGUUUCUCGCCCAGCAGCGCUACGAUUCUUGCGACGUUGCAUACCGGAAGAAGUGUGGCGACAUCGAGAUAUGGCGAUUGCCUGGAUUAGGCGUGGAUUUCCGCUGCUGGAUCACUUCGAAUAUUUACUGAAAGACGAAAAUGUUUCAUUGGAAAUUGCGGAACACAAUUGGCCCGAGUUCUUUCGGGUUGGGGUAAGCUUUCGCAGCAAUCGAGAAUUCAUGCGAAGGGCGCUUGAUUUGGACGGACGGGUCCUGCAAUGGGCUGCGCCAGCGAUACAGAAUGAUUUUGAGUUCCUUACUAGAGCAUUGGCUUCGCAUCCGGGGGCGCUAGAGCCGUCUAAACUUUGUGACAGAAAGCUAGAACUCAACUUGUAUGUGAAGAAAAAGCUUGAUCUGCACCACGUAUUUCUCCACGAUUUUUUGCGAGGUAUUGCCAUUGCGACUCCACAUGUGGCACCCUUGCGACGAUCGCACCUGUCUAUGCUAAAUAUAGGAGUCGAAACAUCCGAAGCCUUUAAGUGGCUUAUUGCCAAGUAUUUGGGUGUCCCAAUAGGAGAGGAGUUGAGUCUAUUGCGUAAAGCUUUGCGGCACAUGGAGGUAGCAGGGAAGACAAGUCCUGGAAGAGGUCUCCACGGAAGAAUGAGUUAUAGGAGGCAAAUGCUUUGGCGACAAGUCCUUGGACCUGACGAAUUCCGGCAGCACAUCCAGCUUGCGGCCAUGAAUAAUCGAAAUAUUGAUUUUGAGGAGGAUAUUGGCAUUGCCCUAUAA